CAUAACGUAACGGCGUGUGUUUGCUUUUUAUUCAAUCCCAUUUUGCCAUAGCAACUUUUUAUAAGUUGAAUAUAUAAAUUAUGUGAAGUGCUACAACUCGGUUGAAACUCAGUCAUUAAAUUGGUUGAUUUUAUACAAAAAUUAAAAAAAAAAGAAAUUCUAAUUUAAUGCAUUACAAAUCCUGCCAUUUCAAACUUGUAUCAAUACUCAAAUUGCAAUAAUUCGAAAAAUUAGUAUUUCAACAUCAUGGUGGACUUGGCGGGCUUUGUGGCUAGCAAACUUGGCGUUCCCCCGGAAGCAUUUCGACUGCUCCUAACACUGCUGGCAGGCUACCCAAUUGCUGCCGCCUAUCACAAAUAUGUCGCUGACAAGCCAAAGACAGUCCAACAUUUGUACUUUGCUCUGAGUGGCAUGGGUUUAUGCUACUACAACUAUGGUACCGACACAUAUCACUCCCUCCUUGCCAUCAGCGUUACCUUCGCCCUGGUCACCGCUUUGCGUUCUAAGCCACUUUUGCUACUGAUCAUCAACUUUGUAUUCCACAUGAGUUAUUUGCUGCUGGGAUACUAUUACACAGCCAGCAAUGAAUAUGAUAUACUGUGGACGAUGCCGCAUUGCAUAUUGACGCUGCGCAUGAUUGGCUUUGGCUUCGAUAUCUCCGAUGGCUUGCGUAAAGAAGAGGAACUGUCUAAGGACCAGAAAGAGACAGCGCUGCGAGAUCCGCCCAAUUUUCUUGAGCUACUGGCCUUCGCGUACUUUCCAAGCAGUUUUCUGGUCGGACCGCAGUUUCCCUAUCGACGCUAUCAGAGCUUUACGAAUGGCGAGUUCCGUCAGUAUGAUGGCUACAAAGAGGCGGGAUUAAAGCGUCUGGGUGCUGGUGUGCUUUAUUUGGCAGUCUGUCAGGCGGGUUUAACGUAUUUGCCUGAUGGUUAUUUCCUGUCACCGGAGUUUGCAGCGCAAUCGUUUAUCAAACGCAUCUAUUUCUUGGGCUUCUGGGCCAAGUUCUCGCUGUACAAAUACAUCUCGUGUUGGUUGUUUGCCGAGGGCGCUCUUAUGUACCUCGGCUUCACCUACAAGGGCCUCGAUGAGCUGGGCAAUGCGGAUUGGACGGGCUGCAGCAAUGUGAAGCUGAAGUUGCUGGAGUCGGGUAACACAAUGCAGCAUUAUGUCCAGAGUUUCAAUGUGAACACGAAUCAAUGGGUGGCGCACUAUGUGUUCAAGCGUCUCAAGUUUCUCAACAAUCGCAAUAUCAGCUAUGGCGCUGCAUUGGGCUUCUUGGCCAUCUGGCAUGGCUAUCACAGUGGAUACUACAUGGCCUUCCUUAUGGAGUACAUGAUUGUCAGCACAGAAAAGCAGAUUGAAAGUGUUUAUACCAAACAAGUCUUGCCCAAAUACGGCGAGACGCUUAAUAACUCCAAGAUCUAUUCGAUCCUUUACUUCUUUUGCCUCAAGUCCUACAAUAUUGUCUACAUGGGCUGGUGUCUCACGUCGUUUGUGUUCCUCAAAUACGAGCGCUGGAUUACGGUCUAUAGUGCCGUCAACUACUUUGGCUUCAUUUACAUGCUGAUCUGGGCCUGCAUAUACCACGGCUAUCGUUACUAUCGGAAAACACAGCCCAGGGAGCCGCGACCAUCGACGUCUACAAAACAAGAUUAAAAGACUAUCGAAUAUUGAAGUUGAGAGCUAUUAAAUUUGAAUGGGAAUUGUCAAAAGAAGCGUUAUAAUCUUAACUAACUAACAAAUACUAAAGACAACUUUACAAUUAAUAACAUCCUUAUCUGCAGCGACGGAUUUGUUAAUUUCGUAUCCUUCGAUUAAAAAUUCUAUGCCGAACACAUGUUGAUCAAACAAGCAACAAGCCUAGUCAAUGAAAUCAUUUCGUUGCUCUAUUGAAACAUCAAAAUAUCAUGAAAUCGGCAAUCAGACUUAUCUUAACUAUAAAGACCAUUUUAUACAAUACAUAAGUACACAUAAAUAU